AUGGCACUUCUCUUUCAGUAUUCUCAAAUAUGCCAACACCAGACAAAUAGUUCGAUAAAUCCUACUGAAAACAAGCUUAUCAUGGAUGAGAACACCUAUAAACCUCAUGAACAAAAAAUUGAAUACAACAGACUGUUUGCUAUGUUAACUGGAGAGCAAAGACGUGUCUAUCAAGAAAUAAUUGACUCGGUGAAUCAAAACAAGGGUGGUAUGUUUUUUGUGCAUGGAUUCGGUGGUACUGGAAAAACUUUCUUGUGGAGUAUUCUUGGAGCUGAUAUUCGAUCUAAAGGUAAUAUUGUUCUCAACGUUGCAUCAAGUGGAAUAGCUGCUUUGCUAUUGGAAGGUGGUAGGACAACUCAUUCUAGGUUUUGUAUACCUAUCAAUGUAAACGAAUAUUCAAUGUGUUCGAUCGAUGCAGAGUCCGAUCUAGCAGAAUUGAUAAGAGAAGCUAAGCUCAUUAUAUGGGACGAGGCUCCGAUGAUGAACAAGUGCAAUAGGAUUUUUGGAGGUAAGGUCGUUGUUUUGGGAGGUGAUUUUAGACAGAUUCUCCCUGAAAUUCCUGAAGGUGGUAGGGUCGCAACGUGGCUUUUGGAUAUUGGUGAUGGGAAAAUCAACGAGCCAAAUGAUGGCGAGGUCGAAAUAGAAAUACCCGAAGAUUUACUAAUAACAGCAUCUGAGGAUCCAAUCCACGCAAUUGUUCAUGAAAUCUAUGGUAAUUCCUUUGUUAAAGAGAAGGACCCAAAAUUCUUUAAACGCAGAGCUAUUCUUAGUCCAAGGAACGAAGACGUUGAUAAAAUCAAUCAAUAUAUGCUUUCUCAACUACCAGGUGAAGAAAGACGUUAUCUUAGUUCAGAUUCCAUUGAAACGUCGGAUACAAGUGUUUUCGACGAUAUGGUCUACUCGCAGGAAAUUUUAAACAGUAUCAACAUUUCAGGAUUACCUAAGCAUGAAUUAACAUUGACGAAGGGAGCCCCUAUCAUGUUGCUAAGGAAUAUAGAUCCUAAAGGUGGUUUGUGCAAUGGUACAAGGUUGAUUGUUACUCAAAUGGCUAAUCAUGUUAUAGAGGUAAGGAUCGUAACAGGUAACGGUGUUAAUCAAAAAGUACUUAUCCCAAGAAUGUUUGUGUCUCCGCCGGAUGCAAAGUUUCCUUUCCGUAUGAGACGUCGCCAGUUUCCUGUAGCUCUUGCAUAUGCGAUUACUCUUAAUAAAAGGCAAGGUCAGACGUUGGAUUAUUUUUACCAAAGCCAGUCUUUACACAUGGGCAACUAUAUGUUGCACUAUCUUGAGUGA